UAUGGACAAGAACUAGGAUGUUUCCGUGCGUCGCUUUUAAUCUCCACAGACUUUAAAAGACUCGCUGCCUAUAUAUACAUAUUUCCAGAACGCCCAAUUCAAACACUACACCCCAUUCCCCUUUCUAGAGCGCUAAUAUAAAAUUUCCACAUUUUGCAAAAACUCAGCAAAAUUAUCUCUGUCCAUUUCGUCAAUUCCUUCUCACCAGCCCUUAAAAGUCCAAAAAACAAAAUUCACUUCUCCAGUUCUCCACCACAAGUUUAUAUCCCCUGCUUCAAUUUUCUGCUUUGAGAAAUUGACCAAAGGGGGGUAAAGAUCAAAGAUAUGGCCUGCAAAUAUGUUCUUCCUGGCUGCUUUAAGGCCAAGCCUUUUUCUGAAGACAUUAAAGAUUCUGGGUACAAGAGGCUAUCUAUUUCCGACUUGAGUGAUCCCAGUUUCCGGCUAUCUGCCAGUGAUCUGUCCUCGAAUUCUGUCAUAGGUUCGAGUCUUCAUGUGUUUAGUCUGGCGGAGCUGAGGGUGAUCACCAGCGACUUCUCGCCGGAGAAUUUCCUCGGCGGCGGAGGGUUUGGCCCCGUGCAUAAAGGCUUCAUUGAUGACAAGUGCAGGCCUGGCUUGGAGGCUCAACCUGUUGCAGUUAAGUCUCUGGAUUUGGAGGGGCCUCAGGGUCACAGUGAAUGGCUGGCUGAAGUGGUCAUCCUCAGCCAAUUGAAGCAUCCCCAUUUGGUGAAACUGAUUGGAUAUUGCUGGGAAGAUGAGCACAGGCUUCUUGUUUAUGAGUACAUGCCCAAAGGAAGUCUGGAGAGUCAAUUAUUUAGAAAGUAUUCUGCUAGCUUGCCAUGGAUGACCAGAAUCAAAAUCGCCGUUGGGGCUGCGAGGGGUUUGGCUUUUCUCCACGGGGAAGUGAAACCGGUUAUAUAUCGCGACUUCAAGGCUGCAAACAUUUUGCUAGACUCUGAUUACACAGCCAAGCUCUCCGAUUUCGGGCUAGCAAAGGAUGGCCAGGAAGGAGACGAUGCACUUGUCACGCCGCGUGUCAUGGGCACGAGCGGUUAUGUUGCACCCGAAUACGUUAAGACAGGUGAAUUGUCGACUAGGAGUGACGUAUAUAGUUUCGGAGUAGUUCUGUUAGAGCUGAUAACGGGGCGUUUUGUAGUGGACGAGAAGAGGCUCAAUAGGAGGGGCUUGGUGGAAUGGGCUAAGCCGUUCUUGAAGGACCCACUCAAGCUUGACAUGAUUAUGGACCCGAGACUCGAAUUUGAAUACUCGGUGGAGGGUGCCAAGAAGGUGGCUGCAUUGGCACGUCGAUGCUUGAGCCGCCGCCCCAAGUGCAGACCUACAAUGAAUCGCGUGGUCAAGAUCCUUGAGACGGUCUUGGAGAUGAAGACAAUAGUGAUAGCUCCAUUUGUUUACAUGGUUCCCCCUGAAUGCCUAGAGGAAUCAAAGUAUACAACAAAAGUUCAUGCAGACAAAACAAAGUUAGAACACCAGGAGAAAAUAUGCAAUAAUAGAGUUGAGAGUGCAGCAGCCUAUUCUGAAACUAGUUUAUACACAGCUUUUAGGAAAGAGUUAAAAUCUGCAAAUAGGCACAAGGAACCAAGGAAAAUACAUCCCAAGAAUUCAUAAGUAGAUAAUCCUAUAUUUUAUUUAUCA